AAAUGGAAGAAGAAGAAGAAGAAGAAGAAGAAGAAGAAGGUAUUUCCGGUUGAAAAGCCAAACACGGGCUGAAGACGUGGGAAGUGUUUUGUUUGCAGUCAUGACAAGGUGGGCGAGAGCUAACAAUGUCCACAAACACAAACCAGCGGAGGCCACCCCCUGGAGUCAGCUGAGAACAGGACGACCACCAGGAGCAGGAGGAGGCGACGGUGGCAGCAGCAGCACUGCUGGUGUUAAAGGAGUAGCUGAGAGGAAUCCUCUGAGAAAGACACAGCCCAGUGGGUCUGCUAUAAAGAAACCCAACGGCAAGAAAAAGCAGUACAUCAGCGAGGAUGUAAACGGCUUCCUGGAGUAUCUCCAGCAAACCGGGCAGCACCUGGCUAAAAAAAGUCAGGAGGGAGAGCAUGAGCUCAGAGAGGAGGUGCAAAUUGCUCUAAAGAAAGACAAGAAGAGGGAGGACAGGAGGAUAAAAAGACAGACCAAUAAGAAGAACAAGAUGUUCUGUUUUAACUGCAGGAAGCCCGGUCACGGGUUGGCAGACUGUCCAGAGGCUGACAGAGAUGAGGAGAUGGGCCGAGGCAUCUGCUUCCGCUGUGGCUCCACUGAACAUGAGAUCUACAAAUGCAAAGCUAAAGUGGACCCUGCUCUGGGUGAUUACCCAUAUGCAAAGUGCUUUAUCUGUGGUCAGACUGGACACCUGUCACGAUCCUGCCCUGAUAAUCCCAAAGGACUUUAUGCUCAAGGAGGUUGCUGUCAUAUUUGUGGCUCAGUGGAACAUUUUCAGAAGGACUGUCCAGAGCACCAGACUCCAAAUAAUCAUGUGACAGUGGGCUGGUUGUCCAACAAUAUGAGUGCAGACCAUGAGGAAGUGCACAUUCCAGUAAAGAAAGCCAAACCCAAGCAGCCUAAAGUGGUGAAGUUCUAAUCACAGAACUGAGCAGUGCUAAUGUGUAUCCCUCGUUGUACUUCUCUGACCCACCUCAGCUUCUGGACUUCAUAAAUGGACAGGUUACCCACUAACAGGGAAUGAAGUCUUGUAUACCACUGUAUAUGAAUGAGAUCUUUUUAAUAAAAAGUUUUCCACAGCUACUUUUGAUAUGCUAUAGUUAAGAAUUCUUGUUGCAGGAAGUAGUCAUAAGUGGACACAGACUAAGGCCCCUGCAAUUUCCCUCAGCAUAUGGAUUUCCCACUCAAACAGUGGAUUGUAAAUUAAACAAUCAGGAUGUGAUUGAAGGGAAUUUUUAUUUCACCAAGAAUUUUACAGUCAUCCACUGGGUUGUCUUCAGUUGUCCAAUUACUUUUGAGCCUCUGAAAAUGAAAGGGUGUAUAAAAAUGGCUCUCCUAAACGGCUUGUGCAAUACCUUUGUUAUUAAAGCUGUCAUUAAAUAAAAAGUCUUUGUACAGCGGCUGUUACUUAAGGACUGUAUGUGUGGAUGUGGACUCCACUUGCUGCAUAAUCAGCACAUGUAUGGUUGUGAUGCUUUGUGGAGCUGCAAUGUGGAAGCAUGGCCACUCAGAGGCAGUACUAAGUCUUUCUGAGCUUCUGUUAUGGACCAGUUAAGCUUUGGCCUGCCAAAGCUUUUGCAGGCCAAAAGCUUUUGGCCUGCAAAAGCUAGGCAAAAGCUAUAUAUAGAGAACUUUUAUAUAUAU